CAGAUCCCAAAAAUGUCUCAUUGCUUCUCUCGUUCUAAAAAAAAUCUUGCUGCUAUCUCUCUAUAAGUCCACUCCUCCUUCAAGCAAAGCACCUUCCUCUUCUUUUUGCUCCUCUGAGAUUGGUUUAAGAUUAAACCAGACCCAUCUAAGGGAUCUGGAACAAGCUUCGUCUCUGGUUCCACUCUGAUCAUCAGAGUAUUAAAAAUGGAGUCUUUCUUCUCCAGAUCCACCUCCAUCGUCUCCAAAUUGAGUUUCUUGGCCUUAUGGAUCGUCUUCUUGAUUUCUUCAUCUUCUUUUACUUCGACAGGUUACUUUCUUAUUCCCAUUAUCACCAAUUAUUCUGCUUCUUGGUUCUGUUUCUUUGUCUCAGAGCUUUUUCAACUUCCAAUCUUGCUCCUUGAUCGGUAUUUCACUUUUCAGAGUUAAGAUCGUGAAAUUGUUCAUUUUUCUUAAAUUUAGACUAUGUUUUUGCAUCUGAGUAUCUUCAAUUGUAACUGAUUUGUUUGUUGAAAUUGAUAAAGAGAGAAGCAUAUGAUGCGCUUGAUCCAGAAGGCAACAUUACAAUGAAAUGGGAUGUUAUGAGCUGGACUCCUGAUGGCUAUGUUGCCGUGGUUACGAUGUUCAACUUCCAGAAAUACAGACACAUUCAAUCUCCAGGAUGGACAUUAGGUUGGAAAUGGGCAAAGAAGGAAGUUAUAUGGAGUAUGGUUGGAGCACAAACAACUGAACAAGGUGAUUGUUCAAAGUACAAAGGAAACAUACCACAUUGUUGUAAGAAGGAUCCAACAGUUGUAGACUUGCUUCCAGGGACUCCUUAUAAUCAGCAGAUUGCUAAUUGCUGCAAGGGUGGUGUUAUGAACUCAUGGGUUCAAGACCCUGCCACUGCGGCUAGCUCCUUCCAGAUUAGUGUUGGUGCUGCUGGAACCACAAACAAAACCGUUAGGGUCCCAAGAAACUUCACUCUCAUGGGACCUGGUCCAGGUUACACUUGUGGUCCAGCAAAGAUUGUCAGACCAACAAAAUUUGUCACGACUGACACACGCAGAACCACUCAAGCUAUGAUGACAUGGAACAUUACGUGCACAUACUCGCAGUUCCUUGCUCAAAGAACUCCAACUUGCUGUGUUUCUUUAUCUUCUUUCUACAAUGAAACCAUUGUUGGAUGUCCAACUUGUGCUUGCGGAUGUCAAAACAACAGAACAGAAUCCGGUGCCUGCCUCGACCCGGACACACCACACUUAGCCUCGGUUGUGUCACCACCAACAAAGAAAGGAACGGUUUUACCACCAUUAGUGCAAUGCACGAGACACAUGUGCCCGAUCAGAGUGCAUUGGCAUGUAAAGCAGAACUACAAAGAGUAUUGGCGUGUGAAGAUCACAAUCACAAACUUCAACUAUCGCUUGAACUACACACAAUGGAACCUUGUUGCUCAACAUCCAAAUCUCGACAACAUCACUCAAAUCUUCAGCUUCAACUACAAAUCUCUUACUCCUUACGCUGGACUAAACGAUACGGCGAUGUUAUGGGGAGUGAAGUUCUACAACGAUUUCUUAUCAGAAGCAGGUCCUCUUGGGAAUGUUCAAUCAGAGAUUUUGUUCCGUAAAGACCAAUCAACCUUCACAUUCGAGAAAGGUUGGGCUUUUCCACGAAGGAUUUACUUUAAUGGAGACAAUUGCGUCAUGCCUCCUCCAGACUCUUACCCUUUUCUUCCCAACGGUGGUUCCCGGUCACAAUUCUCAUUCGUCGCCGCCGUGCUCCUCCCUCUUCUUGUCUUUUUCUUCUUCUCUGCCUAAUCUCGGAUUUACGGUUUUGCCACUGGUUUGCUUAGGGUUACGGCGGAGUGGUAUAAACGUUUAUUUAUGAUUCUUUUGUGUCCCACAAAAAUUAUAAUCUUUUGAUACUUUUUAAAAAUAUAAAUAGUUUUCAACUUCCUUGUUUUUAAAAGAAAUUUAUAUCCUUGUGUUCUGUUGGUCCGUCGUUGUAGAAUAUCGGGAAAAAAAAAAAAAGAUGUUAGAUACUGUAAACUUUGUUUUCCGAACGUUAUAUACUUUACUUUUUCUGUUACUGACUUACUGUGAUCUAAAUGUUUAAUAAUGAAAAAAAGUUC